GCUCUGCUUCUCCUUCCUUAGACAGCUGUUCAGGCUUAUGUUCAUGUUGUUGGCUUGUUCUUAUAAGAUCCAGUUCUGUUGCCAAUUUUGGUUGGGAAAGAUGGCGCCUGAACCCAAGAGGAGGAAAAUCGAGCCACCACCGCUUCGUAGGACAGUCUCUUCACCUGCAGCAAAGAAAACCAGAGAUGCAACAUCAGUUCCGGCACCCCAGACACAUAGAAUAGAUUACAGGAUCCAACAGGCAAAAAAUUUUGCAGUUGCACAAGCACAACAAGAGGGCUGCACUGGAAAUUUUAGAAUUUUUGAUUCGCCAUUUGGGAACUUUCUGGUUCCUGUUAUCCCAACUCUGACGUUUCUUCCUUUGAUGAAGGCCUCUUGUUCCUAGAAGAUGAUUCAGGUAAGGACUUACUUCCAACUUCUAUUCAGUUUUUUUAUUUAUUUAGCUUCGACUGGAGGUUGAACAGUGCCAAGCUCAUUAAUGAAUUUUGCAAAGUUGAUAGAGAGCUCUUCCUCUCAAGCCUUAUUUCUUUGGGAAUGACAGUGAGGAAUAUGGAAUCAUUGAGCAAAUUAGAAGAGAGCCACACUAUUUUGGAAUAAUUCUGUUUGCACUUAAAUUUUUAUCAUCUUUCAGUUUCACUAAUUAAGAAGGUUGAGGCAAAUAGGAAAAGCAGAACAUUAUUUUAAAUUUAAUCCUUAGAAUAUGCAUAAACUCUUGUGUGAUUAACAAAGCACUUGAAAGUCUUUGUAGAUUCUCUGCUUUGUUUGCCUGGCCAGAAAGGUGAAGAAAAUUCUUGGCUAAACUAUUUUUUAGUCUCUGUGUUUUAUCAUUAUUAACACUUUCAUUCCUCUAUUUUGAAAAAUAAAUUACAAGUCCAUGAGAUUUGGUUCUGUCAAAGAUUUUAGUCUUUCCACUUACUUUAAGUCCAUUUAGUCAUUAAUGCCUUAAAAAAGGCAAAAUACCAUCACUGAAACUAGCAACUUCAGAGAUGUUUUAAUCAGUGUUCUUGAACCUGGACAGGAUUGAUGAGUCAACUCAGGAUAUUGGACCUAAAACUGGUACGGUUUUACUUUUGAACCACUUAAGAAAGAGAACCGAGAUAAAUCGGCUGACCCUGCAUACUGCUCGGCCUGUCCAAAAUGCUAUAUCCACUCGGCUAGGUCUGUUUCUUUCAUUAUGCCAGAAACGUCAUGUUUUGGGUUUUUAUGUGGCGUUUUACUGCCCAACCUUUUUCUCUUUGCUGCUUGUUACUUCGAUUUUAGGAACCAGAGAUCCCUAACCUCUCAUUGCUGUCUAAAACCUAUUUUUUCUUCGACAUUACUUCCUCUCAAUUGUUUGAACCAAAGCUCUCUACUUACUUUUCCAAGAAGAAACACUCCUUCAUAGUUCAUACAGUAGAUUUCCUUGUCUCUCUCACUGGAUGUAUUGCUUCCUGUGGGUGUUGGAUGCGGAAGUGUGGCCUAAAUUUUGUCUCGUGGUUUUAGUUAUAGCCAUUAGGUAAGGUUUAAUUUUGUCUUUCAUUGGUUACGGUUGGAGUUCGGUUGGGUUCCGUUCUGCAGAUUUGAAUUUGUUUUUGUUGGUUUGUUUGCAGUUGCACAUAUGAAGUUGUAAAAUCAAAAGUAGUUUGUUUCUGCAUC